GUCGUUUUCGCUUGAGGCAGAAACUAACUCAGUUUCGGAACUAUAUGCUGUCAAACCGUUUGUUUGAAGCCAGUUUCGAACCUAGGUUAUGCUCCACUGAACUGAAAACCGAGUUGGGUUCCAACCUGAAAUAUAUUUCGGGUUCGCUCGCACUACCGCUGUUUUGCGAGAACCCAACACAGUUCCAUUAAAAACGUUUGUUUGAAGCAACUAACCUGGUAUAGUGUCAUCAACUCUUGAAAGCUAAACUCUGGACAAAAUGUUAAAGCUCUAUACACUCCAUGUCAGCCCACCCUGCCGAGCGGUGGAAUUAACUGCCAAAGCGUUAGGUAUCGAUCUUCAUCAACAGGAGGUUAACCUGUUGGCAGGUGACCAUCUUAAACCGGAAUAUCUUAAGCUUAAUCCUCAGCACACAAUUCCGGUGCUGGACGAUAACGGAACAGUCAUAUGUGAGAGUCACGCAAUUAUGAUUUAUCUGGUGCGGAAAUUUGGAAAAGAUGAUAGCCUCUACCCGGAAGCUCUUGUCAAGCAGGCCAAAGUAAAUGCAGCUCUUCAUUUUGAAACAGGAGUGCUAUUUGCUCGAUUGAGAUUUUUGUUUGAGCCCAUAUUUUUCCACGGCGUCAGCGAAAUUUCUUUUGAAAAGGCGGAAAAUAUUCAAAAGGCAUACCAGCUUUUAGAGGACACCCUGAAGGAAGAUUAUGUCGUUGGUAGCUCGUUGACUAUUGCCGAUUUCAGCUGCGUGUCUUCUAUUUCAUCACUUAUGCAUGUUGUCCCGAUGGAGAAAGCGAAAUAUCCGAAAAUCUACGGUUGGUUGGGUCGUAUGAAACGAUUACCCUACUACGAAGAAGCCAACGGAAGCGGAGCGACCGCGGUAACCGAAGCCGUACUAAACACCUUGAAGGAAAAUGCGACGAAAAAGAGAAUUCACAUCAUAAUGCAACAAAGUCGUGUAUCGUCACGCUUCCUGCAAUUACUAAAUAUGGUUAUCGUAAAGCUUUACACUCGCCACAUGAGCCCCCCAUGCCGGGCAGUGGAAUUGACGGCUAAAGCCCUUGGUAUUACCCUGGACCAACAUGUAGUAAACCUUAUGGCGGGUGAACAUCUCACACCAGAAUAUUUGAAGAUGAACCCCCAGCACAUCAUACCAGUGCUAGAUGAUAACGGAACAAUCAUUCCUGAAAGUCAUGCUAUCAUGAUUUACCUGGUGUCGAAAUAUGGAAAAGAUGAUAGUCUGUAUCCGAAAGAUUUGGUCAAACAGGCGAGAGUUAAUGCAGCUCUCCAUUUCGAGUCUGGUGUGUUGUUUGCUCGUACGAGAUUUAUAGUGGAACCGAUUGCAUACCGUGGUAUUACUGAAAUUUCUACUGAAAAGAAGGAAUGUGUUCAAAAGGCCUACCAACUGUUGGAGGAUACUCUUGUGGAUGAUUACGUAGCAGGGAACUCGUUAACUAUUGCCGACUUUAGCUGCGUUUCAUCUUUUGCAACAUUAAUGGGAAUCAUUCCCGUGGACAAAUCGAAGUUCCCGAAAAUUUACGAUUGGUUGGAUAGGCUGAAGAAAUUGCCCUAUUACGAAGAGGCUAACGGAAGUGGCGCAGAAGAACUAGCUAAGUUUGUUCGCAGCGCCUUGGAGAAGAAUGUUGCGAAGGCCUAAGUGGAUCUUCCACAUAGAUCGCUUAUUAUAUAAAAAAAAGUUCAGUUUUGCGUUGAAAUACUAUUAUAGAAAUUAGUAUGCUGUUAUAAGGUUCUAUGAGCGCCUUUGACUUUGAUGAGCGUGCUCAGUUUUUCAGUAAGCAUCAUAGUAGAUUUAACCGCUAAACAAAGUCACUGCUGACUGUUUUCUGUAAUAAAGAGUGAGUGAGACUUUAUUUUUA